GCGCGUUGUUGGUGACGUCACGGGGCGGGCCCAGGGGGCGGAAGUGCGGCCAUGGCGGCGGGACCGGGGCAGGGCUUCCCCGGCGCGCCCCCUUUCUCUGGGGGUCCCUACGGACAGCCCAGCGGCGGCCCCCAGCCUGGGCCCUACGGAGGUAAUGCUCCCCCGGGCGUGGACCCCGAGACCCUCUCCUGGUUCCAGGCAGUGGAUGCUGAUCACAGUGGGUACAUCUCUGUGAAGGAGCUGAAACAGGCACUGGUUAACUCCAACUGGUCGACAUUCAAUGAUGAGACUUGCCUGCUGAUGAUAAACAUGUUUGAUAACACCAGGUCGGGACGCAUAGACGUGUACGGCUUCUCGGCCUUGCUACGCUUUAUCCAGCAGUGGAGGAACCUCUUCCAGCAGUACGACCGGGACCAGUCGGGCUCCAUCAGCGUCAAUGAGCUCCAGCAAGCUUUCGCGCAGAUGGGCUACAACCUGAGCCCCCAGUUCAGCCAGCUGCUGCUUGCCCGCUACGCCCAGCGAUCUGCCAACCCCAGCAUCCAGCUUGACCGCUUCAUUCACAUCUGCAUGCAGCUCCAGAGCACGACCGACGCCUUCCGCGAGAAGGACACGGCACUGGUGGGCAACGUGCGGCUGAGCUACGAGGACUUCCUCACUAUGGUUGUGACUCGCAUGUUGUGACACCAGUUUUCCAGCCCCAGGCCCUGCCUGGCUUCCGUUCCUUGUCCCCACUCGAGGCAGCAGGGGCCUCCAUGCCAAAUGAGCCCAGUUCUGGGGCCGUGCUAUGGAGUAGGACAGCCAAACUAGUUGUGAGCCUGUGCCGUGCUCCCAGGGAGGCUUAGAUCUUCCCUUGCCAGACCCUAAAUCCCAUUUAAACCCCAUGUGCACUGUCUCUCUGCUUGGCAGGAUGGCUGCAGGGGAGCAUCGCUGUCUUGACACAUUUUUGGGGACUCUCCAGUGACCAAGAGUUGAGCCUUCAUUUGAAAAGCAGUAGGAAGGGCACAAGCGGUGGCAGAGCUCAUCCUUCCUUGCCAGGAUCACGUCCUGAGCUGGAAAUGCUUGGGUUUCCUGGGGCUCUGAGGCCAGUUUCUCCCUGUGCUGCUGGAAUGGGUGAUGUCACUGCAGUCACCCACAGGAUCAUCGACCCCUGCGUUGUUGCCAAUGUCUGAUUUGUCUCCCUGCCAAAGCUGAAUUCAAACGGUUUAGAGCUUAUUUUUACAGCUUUUGAAUAAAAGGCAGCAUACACUGGU